CUCAUUUGAAUUGCUCACACAUCAAUCUCAAUUUGGCGCCUGCCUUUUUCUUUCCUCGCAUUACUUAUUUUAUUUAGUUCUACGUUUUAUUUGUCUUUACUAUCAUUUUUACACACACACAUAUAUAUAUACACACCCAGAAAUCAGCCAUUCAUCAAUGACUUCGCAAUUGGAGCAGGCGCACGCGCUCGUAAAGGACUCGCCGCAGCAGGCAAUCGAGAUUUACAAUUCCAUUCUGCACGCCGGCCAGGAGACCAGCGUCAGCAUUGCGGACCGCGAGAGGCAGGACGCAGCGGCGCUGACUAGCCUUAUAAAUAGCUCGCAGAACUACCUCACUGUCGUAUCAAGGGCCAAGUCAUCCAAGCUGAUCCGUACACUGGUCGACCGCUUUGACGGGAUCCAGGGUGGUUUGCAGCCACAGAUUGCGACAUGCCAGGGGAUGGUUGAAUGGGCAAAGAAUGAUAACCGCGAAUACCUGCGUCAGGCGCUGGAAACGCGCCUGGUUUCACUCUAUUUGGACAGCCGCAUGUACACUGAGGCCCUGGCACUCAUUUCGCUGCUUUUGUCCGAGCUCAAGAAGCUGGACGACAAGAUGCAGCUCGUCGAGGUCAACUUACUGGAGAGCCGCGUGUACUUGGCCAUUAAGAACCUGCCAAAGUCGCGCGCCGCGCUAACGUCCGCGCGCACUGGCGCGAACAGCAUCUAUACACCGCCGCCUCUGCAAGCCCAUCUCGAUCUCCAGGCGGGAAUUUUGCACUCUGAGGAGGGCGACUUUAAGACUGCAUACUCUUAUUUCUUUGAGACCAUGGAAGGACUGGCAACGUACGUCACCCCGAAGGCCUCAUCAUCCAUCUCGGAGGCAUCGGCAUCUGUGGCUCCCUCGGCGGCAUCGUCAGAGCAGCAGCAGCUACAGGCGUUUGCGUACAUGCUUCUGUCCAAGAUCAUGAUUCAGCAUCCCGACGACAUCACGGCUCUUCUGGCGACCGGCAAGACUGCUGCCAAGUUCAGGGAGAGCCAGGUGGUGGUUGCCCUGCAGGCGGUUGCCAAUGCCCAGAAGCAGCGGUCGCUGGCUGAUUUUGAAAAGGCCUUGUCCGAGUACCGCAACGAGCUGCAUACAGACGAGCUUAUCCGCAGCCACCUGACGGCGCUUUACGAUACGUUGCUGGAGCAAAACAUGGUGCGUCUUAUUGAGCCGUAUUCGCGUGUCGAAGUCACGCACAUUGCGAAGCUCAUUGGUCUUCCCAUCAGUGUUGUCGAGAACAAGCUGAGCCAGAUGAUUCUUGACAAAGUGCUGCACGGCAUCCUGGACCAGGGCAAUGGCUGCCUGGUAGUCUUCCCCGAGCCCAAGAGCGACACUGCCUACGAAACCACGCUGGAGACCAUCAAGAGCCUCGGCAACGUUGUCGAGUCGCUGUACACAAAGGCCGCGGCGCUGUAGGUCAGGCCACAAAAAGGGACAGAUUAUUUUUAACACGCUGUUAUUGAUUUUUAAAUAUACGAAAUUUGAUUGUUUAUUAA